AUGUACGGUCCAGAUGGUGGCCAGCUCGACUUGAAAAUCACCGGUCAGUCCACAUGCUCCUUCCAGAUGGGCAGCGAAGUCUACGAAGGGACCCUGAACAAGGAGGGGAAGCUGGUGUGGAACGAUGGCGCAGUUUGGAUCCGUGUGAACGGAGCCGAUGACAGUGAGCCGAAGGAGGAGCCCACGCAGGAGUCAAGCAUCGAGAAGGCGCGGAAAGCGUUUGCAGAGGAGAAAGCGCGGAAGGCCGCGGCGCUGGACAAGGCGCGUGCAGCACGAGCAGCAGCUCAGAACCAGGAUGGCGCCAACAACGAGGGUGGCCUGGACCGGGCCAAGCAGGCUUUCGAAGAGGAGAAGGCCAGGAAGGCAGCAGCUCUGGAACGCGCCCGGAGGCUUGUGUCCCUCUAUAACCGGGGUGUGCUACUGCACAACGUGGGAGUGCGCAGGGGUUCUGCGGAGAACAGCCACCCGAACCGUGGGGCGGACCCGCCACAGGACAUGGGAGCCAAGAACGACUCGGGUGUGGACCGCGCUAGACAGGCCUUUGAGGAGGAAAAGGCUCGUAAGGCAGCAGCGCUGGAGCGAGCGCGGAGGGCACGAGCCGAAGCUCAGAACGGCAACGGCCCUUCCGAGGACGCAGAUCAGCAGGUUCGGGUCAGUGGCUGGAGCUUUCGCUUCAAGUCGCUGUGGCGCUACCUUUGCCUUCGAAGAGGAGAAAGCCAGAAAAGCGGCCGCGCUGGAAAGGGCUCGCAGGCACAGGAGUUGCAGCGCAUGGAGACGGCGGCUCGAACCAUGAUGUUGGCAUCGACCGGGCGAGAAAGGCAACCCGGCUGCAAGCAGACACUGGAAGAUUCGAUCAAUGCAUGCACCGUGCCAGGUGUCAUAUGCAUUGGCGUUUUGGCUUUUGAGGAGGAGAAAGCACGCAAGGCGGCGGCGCUGGAGCGUGCUCGAAGGGCCCAGGCGGAGAAGCAGGAAGCGCCGCAGGCCUUCGAAGAGGAGAAAGCCAGAAAAGCGGCCGCGCUGGAAAGGGCUCGCAGGACGGCGGCUCGAAUCAUGAUGUUGGCAUCGACCGGGCGAGAAAGGCAACCCGGCUGCAAGCAAGCCUUUGAGGAGGAGAAGGCGCGCAAGGCGGCAGCCCUGGAGCGGGCACGAAGGGCCCAGGCGGAGAAGCAGGAAGCGCAGGAACCGCCGCAGGAUGCAAACCGCGACAGCGGCUUGGACCGUGCGAAGCAGGCCUUUGAGGAGGAGAAGGCCAGGAAGGCAGCAGCUUUGGAAAAAGCCCGCAGGAUGUCCGCCGAAAGCAGCCAGCCCAACCGUGGUGCGGAGCAGGAAGUGGGGAGUUUGGAUCGCGCGAAGCAGGCCUUCGAAGAGGAGAAGGCCCGUAAGGCGGCAGCGCUGGAGAGGGCGCGCAGGGCACGGGCUGCCGCUCAGAAUGGCCAUGAUCCCGAGGAUGCUGCGCCCAAGACCGACACCGGCAUUGACCGCGCCAGACAGGCCUUCGAAGAGGAGAAAGCCAGAAAGGCAGCUGCACUAGAGAGGGCCCGCAGGGCAUCCGCCGAGAAGCGCGAAGAGGCUGGCGCCUCCAAUCAAGAUGCCGGGAUCGACCGGGCGAGGAAGGCGUUCGAGGAGGAGAAGGCACGCAAGGCAGCAGCCCUGGAGCGGGCACGAAGGCCCAACCUGGCAAGAUCCAACAUAACGGCAAUCCUUUCCACUGCCACAUCGUCCCAGAAUGCCAUGAAUGCACCCGACCUCACCAUUCAGGAGAGUAGCUCGCGGAACGACUCGGGAUCACACAGUCCCUGUCACCAUGCGGUUCAGUCCGUCAAGCUUCAAGAAAGUUCCACUCUGACUCCGCUCACCCUCUCCCUCUUUGGCGAAAUGGCCCUUUCCCGGAUGACGCGCUCCAUGUGUGAUGCGAUGAGGCCGAUUGGGUCUCUCUCCGGCCGCCAGUUUGCCACGGUGAAUGGGAAGCCACUGCACGGCCAGCGGAAGCCCGCGAUGCGAAUGACAACCGAAGAAGCUUUUGUGAAGACCUUGCAGAUGCACGGGAUCAAGAACGCAUUCGGCAUCAUCGGUUCAGCAAUGAUGCCCAUCUCGGACCUGUUCCCUGCUGCAGGCAUUAAGUUUUGGGAUUGUGCUCAUGAGUGCAAUGCGGGCAUGAUGGCGGACGGAUACACGAGGACGACCGGGAAGAUGUCCAUGAUGAUCGCGCAGAACGGCCCGGGCAUCACCAACUUUGUGACACCCGUGAAGACAGCUUACUGGAACCACACGCCGCUUCUGCUUGUCACCCCACAGGCAGCCAACAAGACGAUCGGCCAAGGGGGCUUCCAGGAGGUGGAGCAGCUGGCGAUGUUCAAAGACACUGUUUGCUACCAGGAGGAGGUCCGCGACCCGACACGCAUCUGCGAGGUCCUCAAUCGCGUCAUCGAGAAGGCCUACCACUGCUCGGCCCCAGCGCAGAUCAACAUCCCCAGAGACUUCUGGACCCAGGUGGUGGACAUGUCCUUGCCAACUGGGGUGAAGCUCGAGCGCGGUGCCGGGGGUGCUGCCUCGACAAAGGCAGCGGCAGAGAUGCUGGCAGAGGCCAAGUUCCCUGUGAUCCUGAACGGCGCUGGAGUUAUCCUGUCCGGAGCUGUGGAUGCAUCGGUGAAGCUUGCGGAGCGUCUUUCUGCACCCGUGUGCUGCAACUAUCAGCACAACGACGCCUUCCCCGGCGACCAUCCUCUGCACAUGGGACCACUGGGCUACAACGGCUCGAAAGCUGCCAUGGAAGCCAUCUCCAAGGCGGACGUGGUCCUGGCGCUGGGCACGAGGCUGAAUCCCUUCUCCACCCUGCCGUGCUAUGGCAUGGAGUACUGGCCGAAGGAUGCCAAGCUGAUUCAGGUGGACAUCAACAGCGAUCGCAUUGGCCUGACCAAGCCGGUCGAUGUCGGCAUCCAGGGCGACGCAGGCUUAGUUGCCGAGGCUCUUCUGGCUGCGCUGCCGCCUUCCGCUGGUGAUGCAGGGCGCACGGAGCGGCUCAAGCUCGUGGAGGAGAAGAAACAAGCCUGGGGCAAGGAGCUUGAAGGCAUGGACCACGAGUUGGAUGACGAGGGCACGACGUGGAACAAGCGCGCACGGGAAGCGCAGCCCAACCGUCUCUCACCACGGCAGGCGUGGCGCGCAAUCAUGCGGGUGAUGCCCAAGGAUGCCAUCAUGUCGUCGGACAUCGGCAACAACUGCGCCAUCGGCAAUGCCUAUCCAUCCUUCCCCUCACCGCGGAAGUACCUGGCGCCGGGUCUCUUCGGGCCUUGCGGAUACGGCUUUCCCUCCAUCCUCGGCGCGAAGGUGGGGAACCCCUCUGUCCCAGUGGUUGGCUUUGCGGGCGACGGUGCCUUUGGCAUCUCCGUCAACGAGCUGACUGCCUGUGGGCGGGGUGACUGGCCAGGCGUGACCAUGAUCGUGUUCCGCAACUACCAGUGGGGCGCGGAGAAGCGAAACACAACGCUGUGGUACGAAGACAACUUCGUGGGCACCGAACUCAACGCAGGCGUCGAGUAUGCGCAGAUGGCAAAAGCCUGUGGAUUGAAGGGCAUCAAAGCAGAGAGCGUCGAAGAGCUGGAGAAGGCCGUGACCUCUGCCAUCGAGGGGCAGAUGCAGCGAAAUGAGACGACCCUGAUCGAAGUCGUCCUGAACCAGGAGCUUGGCGAGCCCUUCCGCCGUGAUGCGAUGAAGCCACCUGUAGAGAUUGCCAAGAUCCAUGCUAGUGACAUGUGCGAGUGA